UCGGAUUGUCAAUCAGUAACCUUAACAGCCGAUCUGUAUCACGACAGCAAUUCCAUCCCAAAUCACCUACAACACCAGCUGCGGCAGGGCUGCGGCAGGGCGCCGGUUUCACUCAGACGAAAGACUAAUUUCGUUGGACGAAGUCGGUCAUGCAGAUGCAGAUGGAGGAUACAGAUAUGGAACUCCAUAUCCCGUUACAGUCGGGAUCGGUUCAAACGGACGUCGGAGGGGCAGGUCAGGCCCUAUCUGAUGGCACACCGCAGACAGAAGGCUUAUCCUGGGGAGGGUUUGCCCCCUUCUGGGCAGGCAGACCACGGGGAACCGGAAGGCUGGAGUCCGGAGCAGAAGGGCCCACGGGCCAGGAUCGCAUGAGACCCCCACAAGAUCGUGGAGCAGGGUUGAGAGGGACAGCGGGGACAGCGGGGAGGGGUGCCCAAAAAGGGAAAGGUCGGGUUCCGGCCAAUAGCGAGUUCAGUGCGCGUCAACCCCCCAGUCGACAGUUUUUAAACCCAAAGGAAGAUUGGUUUCCGGUAGAUGGCUAUGACUCAGAUAGCGAUGAGGAAGGUAAGGGAGGGGGUAGAUCUGGUGGAGAGGCGUCAACGGAAAAUCCUGGGAACGGGAAUGCCACUGAGUCUGUCGAUAAUGAGGUUGAGCAGGUUAGGAAGAUGCUCGAUAAGUGUUUCGACCGCAUGAUUAUUCCGGACAUGUCCAAGUUUGCCAAGUUCGAGCGCAAGGGCAAUACAGUCAGUAUGACUGUAUCCCCUGCAGUCAGACGGGCACAAGUGGAAUGGAUGAAAGACAACGCUGUCGUUGUCUUCUUUCAGGGUAACUUCAAGUCAGUCUCGGCGGACAGGAAAGAGCAAUGUAUCAGAAAUUUUGAGGACUCGAUACUGCCGCAGAACAUGCACCACAAAGAAAGAGGUAGAGUCCACCAGGAAGGUAGGAACGUCAUGUCAAACUUUCCCAGAGACAAAAAGCUCAUUGAACUGAUGUUGAGCAUGAAGAACCACAAAAUCAAGGUGGACGGUACCACGUAUAAACUAACCUUUAAAAAAUGGAUGUCUCCUGUGGAGCUGGAAGAGGCAAAGAAUGCAGAAGAGAUUAGUAAUAUUUGGAUCAUGGCUCUGAGACUCCCAUGGCUAGCAGCUCCCUUUGUCCGAUCCCAAAUCGAAUUUGCGGUGGGGAAAAUUGUGAAGCAAUAUCCCCCUGAAAGAUACGAAGAAUCCCCGAAGUUAAACAACUUGAAGUUUGACAUUCCUAGGGACCAAAAACACAAGGUCCCAGAAUAUCUUGAUUGGCCGCAGAGCAACGGGUCAGUCAUCAGGAUCCAAGUGGUCACCCAGAUGACGGACUGAUGUUCGUUAUGCAGAGAUUACAGGCACGCCACUGAGAUAUGUCCACAGACAAUC